CAGGAACCUCCAGCUGAACCGGAAGAAGAGCUUCUCGCACACGUGAAUUUAGACAGAAGCAACAGAAAUGGACGUUACGGAGUUAUCAACUUCAGAAAGUGUUUCUAAGAUAAAGGGGAAGACGAAGAAGCUAAAACGGAAGAUCAAAUCCGACGAAGGUCCAGUGGAAGAGAUUCAUCCAGCAGACGAUGAAGUAAAAGAGGAGAAGUCCGAGUCAGGAGGGUGUUUUCCUCCCACAUUCAGCGUGUCUGAGAUCAAAAACAAGCAACGCAGACAUGAGAUGUUCCUCAAACUCAAGCAGGAGAAAAGAAAGCUGAAGCUGGAACUGAAAAAGAAAAGGAAAAAGGAGAGAGAAGCUCUUGGUGACAAGGCACCACCUAAAGAAGUUCCCAAGACUAUAGAAAACCAGAGAAUAUAUGAUGAAACUACAGUCAACCCAGAGGAUGAGGAGGUGGCUUUUGAUGAAGGAACUGAUGAGUUCUCAGCUUACUUCAAUCGAUUGACGAAUCCCAAAGUUCUUAUUACCACUUCAGACAGGCCAAGAGGAAGAACUGUGAGGUUUUGUGAGCAGCUAGCGACAGUAAUCCCACACGCACAUGUGUACUACAGAAGAGGUCUGGCAUUGAAGAGAGUCAUUCCUCAAUGUGUAGCACGAGGCUUUACUUACAUAAUCGUGAUUAAUGAGGACAGAAAGGUGCCAAACGGUUUGAUUCUCUGUCACCUUCCUGACGGACCGACUGCACAUUUCAAAGUCAGCAGUGUUCGGCUUCGCAAAGAGAUGAAGAGAAGAGGUAAGGACCCAACAGAACACGUUCCAGAAGUCAUCCUCAAUAACUUCACUACUAGACUUGGUCACACCAUCGGUCGGCUGUUUGCCGCUCUGUUUCCUCAUGAUCCACAGUUCGUUGGCCGUCAGGUCGCCACAUUUCACAAUCAGAGAGACUUCAUCUUUUUCAGGUUUCACAGGUACAUCUUCAAGAAUGAAAAGAGAGUAGGAAUCCAAGAGCUAGGACCCCGCUUUACUCUUAAACUUCGCUCCUUACAGAAAGGAACCUUUGACUCCAAAUUUGGGGAAUAUGAAUGGGUUCACAAGCGUCAUGAGAUGGACUCCAGUAGAAGAAAAUUCCAUAUUUAAGAGACAUCCUGGAAAAAUAGGACAACUGCUCUUUAAUGUCUAAUAAACAUUUAAUAAUAUCUUUUUCAUUUUAUUGAUUAAGUGUUAAUGGAAUACAUGCUUUGAAUUUGCUGUAUUAUAUUUUCUUGUACUUUAUUAUUAAGAAUACCUUUGUGAAAUAUGACUUGAAAUAGAGAUUCGUUUUGCCUCCAGGCAUGAAAAAUGUAUCAAUUCAAUAGAUUUUUUUCCCCUCCUUACAACUUAAGCCUUCAUUCACUUUUUGGGGGGAAAAAAGUUGGUAUAUUUCAAUUGUGCACCUUUAACUUUAAAACCAUCUGGCUUUUAUUUUGACAUUCUAAACUCUCCAGGAAGUCCAGUAUGUGUCUGUUUGUAGGCAAGUUCACAGUAGUUCAAUUCGCUUCUUAUUCAAAUUCUGGUAAAAUGCACCUCCGGUGCCGUUCUAAAUGCAUAUUAUAAGUGAAUCGAACUAUUGAGCAUCUACAUGUGAGAUGUUGUUCUCGAGUAGCGCUCAAAUAUUGCGCACUGCUGUGAAGGCUAAAAUUAGCUGCAAGUGUGUGUGUAAACAGAGCAGCGCCAUUCACAGACGUGCUGGAACUGUGCGUGCAUUUUAUACAUUUACUUUUUAAACACAGCCUUUUGUGAUUCACAGAGCUAUCGCACGUCUUCAAAUGGCUUUGAAUAAAAUGCACGAGUCAUAUGAACUACUUCAAUGGUGUUUUUAUGGUUCUUUUAUGUCAUUUUUGGAGCUUGACAGUAACUAACAUGACUAACAGUAUCGGAUUUGGAUCGGGCUCGUCGGACCGAUACCCGAUCCAUCUAAAAACGUCUGUAUCGGAUCGGUGCAUCCCUAAUAGUAGUUGGAGCUACCGAGAUGUCUCCCCAAAAUGGCUGCCCGCAACCACUGUAACAGCCAAUAGGAGGCCUGCAAUAACCAAUUAUAAUUGGUUAACUGGUCACUUAUUUUUAUUUAGCAUAUUUUGUCCUGUGCCCAAAUUGAAGGCUACAAAUAUGGAAAUGUAUGCUACGCAUUGUGUUCAAAUAAAUUUCGUUGUAAAUUGCAUGUUGUUUUUCACAUUAUAAAAAAAAAAUGUUUUUA